AUGACUGACACAAUCGAAUCAAAGACUAGACUAGUUUCGACCCUCCGACUCCUUAUCCCUCGUCUCCGCCUUCUACAAAAGAAAGACACGGCCUCUUCAGUUGUCCAGCGUCGCGAGCUCUCUCAACUCCUCAGCGAAGGCCGGGAUGCAUCUGCGCGCAUCCGAGUCGAGAAUGUCAUUGCGACAGAUAUUGCGGUGGAGGUGAUGGAAAUGGUAGAGCUCUACUGUGAGCUGCUGCUGGCACGCGCAAAUGUAUUGGAUCAAAUAGCGUUCAGCGACCAGGGAACCCGGGCCAGAUUGCGCGCCAAGGAAGUGCUCAAGAAGCGCACCCAGGCACAAGCUUCAGCCAGCACGUCGAAUACCGCAGAAAUCAAGGGCGCGGAACCAAGCACCGGCUCUCGAUUCGGGUUCUCUUGGUUGGGAGGAGGGCAAAAGAAGGAGGCCCCGCACACUGCGGCACCUACCGGCGCAGCUGGAGAUUUCGGUGAUGGAGCUACGGAAGAGGACAACCCUUACAUGGAUACUGCACUGGAUGAGGCUGCGGUCGUGGUCUUCUACGCGUGGCAUCGCUUCCCGCACGAGGUGCGCGAGUUUACCAUGCUUCGGACUAUGCUUGGGGAGCGAUACGGCAAGGAGUUCAUGACUCUGGCGCAGGAUAAUAAAGUCGAGUCUGUCAAAGUUCCUGAUCGGCUUCUCAGGAGUUUGCGGGUGAAACCUCCGGGGCAGGAGCUUGUUGAAAGUUACCUUCGAGAGAUUGCGAGAGCAUACGGAGUGGAGUGGCACGGCUUAGAAGAAGACCCGGAUAUUCAAGACGAACUAGGCAGCGCCCCGCCUGAAUUUGUGGAUGACCGUGGGGACGGGGGUGAUGGUGACGCAGAGGAACCCCAAUUACCUCAAACUCCUGGAACGCAGCAAGGUGACUCGGCCUCGGGACCGAGCCUCGCUGAAGCAAGACGUGCCUCGGAAACCAGUGAACUGAACAAAGCCACGCCCCCACGUGGACUCGCCGCAGGCAGAAGUCCUGUCAGCGUGGCACCGCCAGCUCCCAGAACGGACAACCCCAAUCCUAAAGUGAAACUGCCUGGCACAGAAGGAAAGGCUAGUGCCGUCAAGAAAGAAGACGCUGCUUCGAAGAAUAAGAGCAACAAUGGAAUACCGGAGCUGGAUGAAUUGACUCGGAGAUUUGCGGACCUGAAGAGGAAACCGUGA